GGUCAUAGUCAAAGGAUGUUUAGGUUUGGAUAAUUCUGCAAGCUUUAUUAAUGGGGAGAGGCCGGUGAUCGAAGGAGGCCCCACAAGCCUGUUGGGCUGAAUGCAUGCUCUGAGUGGUUAUCAAGCUUUCCUCACUCCCAUCGACCAAGAAGCCAUGACAAGGGAUAUAAAAAACUAGAGGAGAAGAAGAAAGCAGAAGCAAACACAGUAGCUGACCUACAAUAUUUAAAACGUUGGAAAAGGAUUGAGACUAAGAUCACAUGACUUUUUCCAUCCAUACGUUAGGAAGCAAAAUUAAAGAAGAGAUUGAAAAAAAAUACAAACGUUUGGUAGGUAGACAGGAAUAGGGGAAAUAAUACCCAGUCCCACAACUACAUUGAUAAACUCAGUUUCAACAAAGGGUUAGAUUUGGAGAAGAUUCUAGAGGGCCAAAAUCUGAACAUGAGAGAGUGGAAGUGACAGAAAGGAAAAAUCAUAACAUUGCCUUCCUGAGAUUGGGUAAUUUCCUUUAUUUCUUGUAGUGGGUCACUGUUCCGUCAUUGAAAAGUUGAUUGGGUUUCUUUGGAUUUUUGCACAUCUAGGGGACCUGAGUUUUCCCUUUAUUGCUGAAUGCUAUGUUUGACGUUGUGAAGCUUCACUUUCAACCACCCAUUUGCUUAAAAGCUUGCAUUUUCAAAUGCCCAUUUGGAUUUUAUCUCCACUCUGUAAGUUGGGUUGAGUGCCCAAUACCUGUCACGUAGCUAGGUGACAGGAAGACCUGCAGGGAGGGAUAUAAAGACCAGGGUAGGAGCUGCUUUGCUCUUGUAUAGCCUUUUUUUUCUUAGAAGAUUUUUGCCCCCCCUUUUUUUUUUCUCUUGGGUUGGCAAUGCAGACAUUGUAUAUUUUCAGCAGGCCUGCCAGGCCAUGGGCUUGUGUUGUUUCUCUAUGAUUGACUGCAGAAGAAGAGAUCUAAACUUGUUUAUGAGUGGGAGAAGCAAAACAGACAGUGGGUUUGUGAUUAGGAGCAGAGGCAGGUGGGGAAAAUGUGGCUGAGGCCCAGACCUUGCUGAAAGAACGCUUUUUUUCAAGUUAGUUUAUAAAAUUUCAAGGUUUCUCCUGUGGAAAAGACUCGAUAUUGUGGCCACAGAAAGGCUGAAAAUAGGUAGAGAAAGUUGAAUUUCUUGUGAAGCAGAAACCUUGAAGGAGUUAGUGUGGAUCUGGAAGAGGACACACAAAAAGGAACUAUGCAGCAAGAACAGAGAAGAAAGAACCCUACUGAGGCGGAAUUUUUCACUGAAUAUGGUGAAGCUAGUCGCUACAAGAUCCAGGAGGUUAUAGGUAAAGGGAGCUAUGGUGUUGUUUGCUCUGCAAUUGAUACUCAUACUGGAGAAAAAGUUGCAAUCAAGAAGAUAAAUGACAUUUUUGAACAUAUAUCUGAUGCAACUCGGAUCUUACGUGAAAUUAAGCUUUUGAGACUUCUGCGUCAUCCUGAUAUUGUUGAAAUCAAGCAUAUUAUGUUGCCACCAUCAAGGCGAGAUUUCAAAGAUAUAUAUGUUGUUUUUGAACUUAUGGAGUCAGAUCUACACCAGGUUAUAAAGGCAAAUGAUGACCUGACCCCAGAACAUUAUCAAUUUUUUUUGUACCAGCUUCUUCGAGCUUUAAAAUACAUACAUACAGCAAAUGUUUACCAUCGGGAUUUGAAACCGAAGAAUGUUUUGGCUAAUGCUGAUUGCAAGCUAAAAAUAUGUGACUUUGGCUUGGCAAGGGUUGCCUUCAAUGACAUGCCUACUACAAUCUUCUGGACGGAUUAUGUUGCUACACGAUGGUAUAGGGCUCCAGAGCUAUGUGGAUCUUUUUUCUCGAAGUAUACCCCUGCCAUUGAUAUCUGGAGCAUUGGUUGUAUCUUUGCUGAAGUUUUGACCGGGAAACCUUUGUUCCCUGGUAAAAAUGUAGUCCAUCAGUUAGAUUUGAUGACCGACCUGUUUGGAACCCCUUCAAUGGAAGCCAUCUCGAGGGUUCGCAAUGAUAAGGCUAGAAGAUACCUGAGUAGCAUGCGCAAAAAGCAACCUAUACCUUUCUCACAGAAAUUUCCAAAUGCAGACCCUCUAGCACUCAAACUUUUGGAAAAAUUGUUAGCUUUUGACCCAAAGGAUCGUCCAACAGCAGAAGAGGCUUUGGCUGAUCCUUAUUUUAAAGGGCUAGCAAAAGUGGAGCGUGAACCUUCUGCUCAACCAAUAAGUAAGAUGGAGUUCGAGUUUGAGAGGCGCAGGGUAACAAAAGAAGAUGUGCGAGAACUUAUUUUCCGGGAAAUUCUUGAGUAUCAUCCACAGAUGCUGAAAGAGUACCUGAAUGGAACAGAUAGGACUAAUUUUAUGUACCCUAGUGCUGUUGAUCAAUUCAAGAGACAGUUUGCUCACCUUGAAGAACAUUAUGGAAAAGGUGAACCUGUGGUUCCUUUAGAUAGACAGCAUGCAUCUCUACCAAGAUCAUCCAUUGUCUUCUCAAGUACCACACCUCCCUUGCCAGAGAAAACAGGUUCUUCUAGGGAACGGCCUAUAGAAGCUUGUGAUGAAGCUUCUAGGUAUAUUAGGGAAACAGAGAAGCAGCACCAAGGUUCUGGAAAUGCACCAAAGCCUCCAUUGCAACCAUCUCAGAGGAUCUUGCAAGGGGGUUCUGCAAAGCCAGGGAAAGUUAUUGGGCCUGUAUUACCCUAUGAAAAUGGUAAUAUUAAAGAGGCAUAUGAUUCUAGAAGGCUGAUCAGAAAUGCAGUUCUUCCCACUUCUCAGUAUGCUGCUCCUAUUUACUCAUAUCCGAGAAGAACCUCAACAACAAAAGUUGAGCGAAACGAACAAGAUAAUAUCAGUGAUUCAACUCUAAUGCAACCCAAGGCCCAAUAUGUUGGAAUGACCGCAACAAGGAAAGUAGCUGCAGUUCAGAGUGGUUCAUCUCGUUUAUACUAAGUGAAGUUUGGUUCCUACUAUCACAAAUUGUAACUCAUUAUGCAGUAUUGACAGACUUCAUUCUUUGUGAUUGGUGGGCUUUUAAAACUGAAGCAUCUGAAGAACAUAACAAAUGCAGCAUGUGAAGCAGAUGUUCAUGUACAGUGUCACCUUUUGGUGAUUACUGAAAAUGGUUCACUUUCAAGCCCUUAAAGCCCUCAAAGGGAUGGCAAAUUUAUUGAUUUAUUCCCUUUGUGCCGUGGUAACAGAGGAACUCAUGAAACCGGCAAUUUAAUGGAACCUGUAAAUGAUUUGACUGUAUUCUCUAAAUAAAAAUUCUUCAAUUGUUCAUGAACA